CAAUCAUCGCCCACCGUUAAAACUUGGGGUAAUAAAAUCGAUCUAUGUGCAGAUGUGACAAUAAAAAGAGACACAAAGACCAGUGCAUGCGAAACACAUAUACAUCAGGGACAGUUUGGACACAAAUAUUCCAAAAAUGCUUGAAAGAAUCAGCUCCAUUUUAGCUCUUAGUUUUAUGGUAAUUUUUUUGUCAAGUUUCAAUUUGACAUUUGUUCGUUGCCAAGGCAAAGUGGAGCAGAGUGAGGAUGGAAAGUCUGGGAAACUGAGCUUUUCUACACCUGAUUUAAGUGAUGAAGAGGCACAUAGUCAGUUCAUGCCAGAGCAGUUGAAGUGUGAUGGCUGUAGAAUAAUUGCAUAUCAGCUGUACACUAAGUUUGACCAGUUCAAUUCCAUACGCCCGUCUCUGAAGUACAAGAUCAAGGAAUCUGACUACCUGGACCUAAUAGAGCAAGUUUGUCAGUACAAAUAUGAUGACUAUGGAGUCAAGGAGGUGAACAGGGUGAAGCGUCUCUCUGGCCCAGGACUAGAAACAGCUGAUAUACCAGGUGUCAUGCAGGGAGGAGGCAAGUGGCCUGCAAGAUUGAUGGCCAUGUGUGAUGACUAUGUAGGUGAAAUAGGAGAGGAUGAGAUCUAUGAGGCCUACACCAAGAAUCCAAAAUCACUUGUAAAGUUUGAAGACUAUCUAUGCAGAGGAGAGGGAAUAUUAUCACGAUGCUCUAAGUUUGAUCCGUCCAAGGAUGAGUUAUGAUGUGUAUGACUGAUAUUAGGAUUUUCACAUAUCACCAGAUCAGUUAUUCAUUUUGAGUUUCUUUCUUUUCUUAGAUAUAUGUUUAGAUGUGUCAACACAUGUUACUACUUAAAGACAACUCCAUCAAGUAAGCAGUGGAGUAAAAUGUGCCAGGGAGUUAUAGAGGGAUUAUUGCUCAUUUGAGAAAAAAUAUCAUUAAUUAACACUGACUGUUAACUUCCAAUAUGUGUGUUUUAAUUUCAUUUUAUUUUCAUUACAACUAUGUGGGAAAGUAUGACCUCAUUUAGUAAUUAUUAUAAAAUGGUAACUGAAAAAAGGCAUAAAACAAUCCUCAAAAUACUCAAAUAAUAUACAGCUAAAACAUUGUAAAUUUUUAAUUCAGGAAACAAUUUAAUUGUUUUGAUAGCUUUGUAAAUAGUUUCUAUAAAAAAAUGUAAAGAAAUGUUUGUGGUAAGAUGCGUGGAAGAAAAACAUGUGUGCUAGAAAACUAGGAACACAGAAUGUGGUAAACAGUGCAAUCAAAUAAUUUAAUAGAACAAAACUCAUACUGCGCCAUCUUUCUUAGUAAGAUUAUGCAAAUGCAUGUGAUCAGUUCUUCAUACAACAGGCCUAGAUUUUAUAGGAGUAUAAAUGUAAACUGG